CUACUUAUUCGAUGAAACGUGCGCAAAUUCCUAUAAAAUAUGGAUGCUAUGCAGUUGACUGCAGUCUUCAAAGUCAGUCUCCAAAAUGAACAGGCUCCUUGUCGUGACUUUCCUGGUGACCAUCGGUAUACUAUUGGUUAAUUCUGUUGAUAUGCAAAUUGCACACCAGUGCGCAGCGAAGGUUGGGAUGGGCAAAUAUGUCGAUCGAAGUAAAGCCAACUGUUUCAAUCUUUGUCAACUUGAGAUGCACAAAGUGAUUGUCAAUGGAUCGGUCCACAUACCUCAUAUACAGAAUGCACAAAAAAAUUGCGUCAAGUUAAAGGAGGAUGACAAAUGCGUGCUCGCCAAUAGACUAAAAAGAUGUCUACAAGUCAGCCUAAACCGUAAAGAGUUAGAAGAGUUUGACUAUAUAUAUUUGAUUUAAACAUGCUUUUCCAACGAAAAGUUCGUUUUUACUUCGCAGAUAAAAUAUUAAAAAAAUUGCUAUUUAACAUUAUUAAAACUUAUUCAUUUUGUUCAAAA